CUGAGAUCAAACUGGAAUAUGUUUUCCUGUCCAUUCUCCAGGGAUUUCUCUCUCCAUCCCUCUCCUGAUGUGUAAACCGUGGCUCUUACCACCCGCUUAGCAUCUUUUCUGUUUGUAGUACUUAUUCCAUUUUAUAAUGGUUACUGCAUCUGUCUCUCCCACAGUAAACUGGAGCAAGUGACUUCAUACAGGGUUUUUGUUUGUUUGUUUGUUUGCCUGUAAAUGUACCUAAUAAUCCUUACUUUGUCAGAUAACUGAGAAGAUUAACAGCACCUGGCUCGGUUCCAAAACUACAUGCUCAGAAAAAGAGCUUUUGCUAUACAAUAUUGUCUUUUCUGUGUUGUUGACACAAGACAGGUAUUAUUUAAGAAACCAAGAGACGGAAAACCAAGAUAAGCCUGAGUCAAGGGCACCAGAGGAAAAGAGAAGUGGCACACUCGGGUGUUGAGAAAAGGAUGCCAGCUUGAAAAAGUCCACUGGGUUGGUCCACUUGGUGUUUUUUUUUUUUUUUUUUGCAGAUUACAAGGAGGAAGGGCAGAUUGCAAGUGGUUAAGGAGGGGAGUGGGUAGGAAGGAAGUGAGGGUGAGGGUGCAGUCAUUUUCUCUUUUAGGAAGAGACUUCAGGGAGUCAUAGGCCAGAAGCAGGGCUUGUGGUUUUGAAAGAGGCCUGAUGUAUCUACAGACAGAAGAAGGAGGUCUUUAGAACAGACCUACAGGAGAGAUGCCGUCUGCCUGUGCUGGCUGAGGCUCGCUCCGUGCUUGGACCCUGUGUUGCCCCUCUGGGCCUUGACUCCCUGAACCCUGUCAUCCUGUGCAGCUGGAGCGUCCUAGAGCCCAGCGGAUUCUGGAGUUAGACCAGGUCUCGGGUAGUAAAAUACCACAAAACAAGACAGAAGAAAGCCAAUGGAGACAAUGCAGUGAAACUGGUACAGAAUUUCAAGAGCAGGAUACCAGGAUAAUAGUAAUAGAUACCAGAGUAUAUCUUGUUAUCUUUACAACAGUUGUCCAUUCAACCAGAAAAAGUACAGAAAGGGAUUUAUCGAUAUUUCCCGAAUCAAGUGUGUGGAAAUAGUGAAGAAUGAUGAUGGCAUCAUUCCCUGUCAAAAUAAAUACCCAUUUCAGGUUGUUCAUGAUGCUAACACACUUUACAUUUUUGCACCUAGUGCACAAAGCAGGGACCGCUGGGUGAAGAAAUUAAAAGAAGAAAUAAAGGACAACAAUAAUAUUAUGAUUAAAUAUCAUCCUAAAUUUUGGGCAGAUGGAAGUUAUCAGUGUUGCAGACAAACUGAAAAACUAGCACCUGGAUGUGAAAAAUACAAUCUUUUUGAGAGUAGUAUAAAAAAGGCACUACCUCCGGCACCAGAAAUGAAGAAGCGAAGGCCUCCCCCACCAAUUCCUCCUGAAGAAGAGGAGACUAGUGAAGAAAUAGUCAUCGCAAUGUAUGAUUUCCAAGCAAUAGAAGCCCAUGAUCUCAGAUUAGAGAGAGGCCAAGAGUAUAUCAUACUGGAAAAGAAUGAUGUUCACUGGUGGAGGGCCAGGGAUAAGUACGGGACGGAAGGAUACAUCCCAAGUAAUUAUGUAACAGGAAAGAAAUCCAACAACUUAGAUCAAUAUGAGUGGUAUUGCAGAAAUACAAAUAGAAGCAAAGCAGAACAGCUCCUCAGAACUGAAGAUAAAGAAGGCGGUUUUAUGGUAAGGGACUCCAGUCAACCAGGCUUAUACACAGUCUCCCUUUAUACAAAGUUUGGAGGGGAAGGUUCAUCAAGUUUCAGGCAUUAUCAUAUAAAGGAAACAGCAACAUCUCCAAAGAAGUAUUAUCUAGCAGAAAAGCAUGCUUUUGGUUCAAUACCUGAGAUUAUUGAAUAUCAUAAGCACAAUGCAGCAGGACUUGUCACAAGGCUGCGGUACCCCGUUAGCACCAAGGGGAAGAAUGCACCAACCACAGCAGGCUUCAGCUAUGAGAAAUGGGAGAUCAACCCUUCGGAGCUGACCUUUAUGAGGGAGCUGGGGAGUGGGCUGUUCGGAGUGGUGAGACUCGGCAAGUGGCGAGCCCAGUACAAAGUAGCCAUCAAAGCGAUUCGCGAAGGGGCCAUGUGCGAGGAGGAUUUUAUAGAAGAGGCUAAAUUGAUGAUGAAGCUGACCCACCCGAAGCUGGUGCAGCUCUAUGGCGUGUGCACGCAGCAGAAACCCAUUUACAUCGUCACCGAGUUCAUGGAGCGGGGCUGCCUUCUGAAUUUCCUCCGGCAGCGACAAGGGCUCUUCAGCAGAGACAUGCUGCUGAGCAUGUGUCAGGACGUAUGCGAGGGGAUGGAGUACUUGGAGAGGAACAGCUUCAUCCACCGAGACCUGGCUGCAAGAAAUUGUCUAGUGAAUGAGGCAGGAGUUGUGAAGGUGUCUGAUUUUGGAAUGGCCAGGUACGUUCUGGACGAUCAGUACACAAGCUCUUCUGGUGCCAAGUUCCCCGUGAAGUGGUGCCCGCCUGAGGUGUUUAAUUACAGCCGGUUUAGCAGCAAAUCAGACGUCUGGUCCUUCGGUGUUUUAAUGUGGGAAGUCUUCACUGAAGGCCGAAUGCCCUUUGAGAAAAACACCAAUUAUGAAGUGGUAACCAUGGUUACACGAGGCCACCGACUCUAUCGGCCAAAGUUGGCAUCCCAGCAUGUGUAUGAGGUGAUGAUGAGGUGUUGGCAGGAGAAACCAGAGAACAGGCCUUCGUUUGAAGAUUUGCUGCGCACGAUAGAUGACCUAGUUGAGUGUGAAGAAACUUUUGGAAGAUGAGCGGCUCAGUGAUCAAGGGCUUCCAGACUCCAAAGCCGGGGGAGGAAACAGCAGUUUGUGGCCGAAUUAAUGUGGCGCCUGGAUGUGUGGCCUGUUUUACUCACAAAGUGAGACACCAACAGCAUUUGCUUCUGGACCAGCCUUUACUCUGUGCUGGAGUCUUCCCGACUGUGGAAAUGUCUUAGAACUGUGUGACUUACCAGCAUGCAGGGCACUCUCUGCUCACCCCAAAGUUUGCUCAUUUUGGAGGUACACAUGGGACCAUGUUAGCUGGUGCCAGGAGAGGACCAGAGCAUUAGGGAAGCACCGGGUACUAGAGCCAGGUUCCUUUUCCUCUCUUUGACUUCUACAGAAGUCUGGGCCUGGGGCACUGUCUGAAUCAGGAAUCUACCUUGGCUCUCUGUUCUCAAGACUUUUUAUGUCCUUUUGAGACAGCGUCUCACCAUGCAGUUCAGGCUGGCCUCGAACUCACUUUGUAGCCUCUGCUGGCCUCAACCUCUCAAUGAUUCUCCUGCCUCAGCCUCCUGAGGCUAGGAUUACAGGUGUGUACCUCCACACUCAGCUUAAAGACUGUUCUUAGUACUACAUUUAAAAUAUUUGUAUGCUGUAUAUUUUGUAAAUACAUAUAAAGUUAUAUAUUUAUAAGAAA